GUGUUUUAGACUAUGAAUCAGGAUUGCAUAAUUACAUGAUAGGUUAUAAAUACCCCAAAACGAAAAUAUAGAUGGUAGAUUACAAAUCUAAUCACCAAAGUUAUUAUUAGAAGUCUAGGGGGUAGAAAUCCGAGUUGUAGCAGCUACAGUCGCCGCGGGACAAGAGUAAAUCCUCGUCAUUGUAAAAGUCCAAGCCCAUAUCCAAAUCCACCGGCUUCUUUCUCUCUUUAAAAACAAAAUCAAAUAGAAGGAAAACGAAAAGGAAACAAUAAUUUUAUAUCUGCCAAUGGCUUGCCAAAUUCAGUGCACUGCUUCACCACCACUCCCUUCUCUUCCGACCCUUACCCCAAAACCUUUGCCUUCCUCUUCUCUGUUUUUUCCUCUCCCUCUUGUUCUCUCUUCCUGUCUCCGCUCUACUCACGUGCCGUCUCCUAGGCCCGUCGCCGCUUCUUUAUCCGCCGUCGAAUCUCCCACCUCUACCAACGGUUUUGGCGAUUCGAAGACCCCUCUUCUCGAAGUCAAAGGUUUAACUGCCGUGAUUGCUGAAACCAAACAGGAAAUCCUUAAAGGCGUCGACCUCGUUGUUCACCAUGGAGAGAUUCAUGCUAUAAUGGGGAAGAAUGGCUCUGGGAAGAGUACGUUUUCUAAGGUUCUUGUUGGGCACCCUGAUUAUGAGGUGACUGGGGGUAGUGUUGUGUUUAAGGGAGAGAAUUUGCUUGACAUGGAGCCGGAGGAGAGGUCUCUUGCCGGACUUUUUAUGAGUUUCCAGACCCCAGUUGAGAUCCCGGGUGUGAAUAAUAUUGACUUUUUGCAAAUGGCUUAUAAUGCUCGAAGGAAAAAACUUGGUGAGCCAGAGCUUGGUCCACUUGAGUUCUAUGCUUACAUAUAUCCUAAACUCGAUCUCGUGAACAUGAAGACUGACUUCCUUAACAGAAAUGUCAAUGAAGGCUUUAGUGGUGGUGAAAGGAAGCGCAAUGAGAUUUUGCAGCUUGCGGUUCUUGGGGCAGACUUGGCUAUGCUAGAUGAAAUUGAUUCUGGCUUAGAUGUUGAUGCCCUUCGAGAUGUAGCAAAAGCAGUGAAUGGACUUUUGACUCCAAAGAACUCUGUUUUGAUUAUCACUCAUUAUCGACGGCUGUUGGAGGUUAUAAAACCGACAUGCAUCCAUAUUAUGGAGGAUGGAAGAAUCAUAAAGACAGGAGAUAGCUCCUUAGCUGAAGUUCUCGAGGAGAAAGGCUAUGCUGCAAUUUCUGCUGCAUAGCAUUCAAUUCUUAAUUGUUUUUCAGAGGUGUUUUACAUCGUGAAUCGGACGGAAUUGAUGCUAGAAGAUCUCUAUAGUCAAUCAGAUUCCACCGUCAUCCUAAGGGAGCAUGGACCCCUUAGGUGCCGGCAUAGUUGCAUUAAAGGGUUUUUGUUUCAUGGUUAACCUUUUGCUUUGGCAUGUGAACUUGAGGGUUGUCCCCCCUUUUCCCACUUGGUGAUCUCAGACUUUGUUACUAUAUGAUUAUUGUUAACCAUAUCCAUUAUUCAAUGCUUUACCAAGUGUGAUCCAUUUUUGUAAUCUGAUUAUUUGAUUAAAGUGAUAGUUUCACAGAAAUGAUUAAAGUCCAAUUGGAGUUACAAUUCCAUUGCCCUGUUUCUAGUUGUCAUAAUCUGAAAAUUGUAGUUUUGAAUGACUGUAAACA